AUGUCUCUCUCACCAGACCAACAGCGCCUAAAACAGCGCUUCGACACCGAGCUCGGCUCCGCAGCCUACGAUGAGUCCUGGGCGCGGAUGCUCAAGCACUCACCCGAGAUGUUCGCAGCAUCGCUCCGCCUAACAGCCAUACCAAAGCGAAGCAGCCACCUAUCACCCAAAAUCCAAUCCCUAAUCUCCCUCGCCGUAAGCGCAUCAUCAACCUACCUCCACGUCCCCAACAUCCACCGCUACACCCGCGCCGCCCUAUCCGCCGGCGCCUCCCGCGCCGAAAUCGUCGAAACACUGUGUCUCACAUCCACCCUGGGCAUUCAUGCCUCCACAGUGGGCGUCCCAAUCCUCUUCGAAGUCCUUGAGGAGCGGGGCGAGGCCAUACCAAAAGGCAUGGCGAACAUGAGUCCGCAGCAACUUGCGCUAAAGCAAGAUUUCGAGACAAAACGCGGGUACUGGAACGCGUUAUGGGAAGAGAUGCUGCUCAUCGCACCCGAAUUCUUCGACGCGUAUACGGAGUUUAGUUCUGUGCCGUGGACGAAUGAGGGGGGGAAGGGCGUGCUUGAACCCAAGGUCAAGGAGCUGAUAUAUUGUGCGUUUGAUACGGCGGCGACGCAUAUGUAUAAGCCGGGGUUGAAGCUGCAUAUGCGGAAUGUGUUGAAUUAUGGGGGUACCAAGGAGGAGAUUAUGGAGGUGUUGGAGUUGGCGACGUUGUUGAGUAUAAGUACUUUGGAUGUGGGGUUGGAGGUGCUGGAUAAGGAGAUGGGGGACUGUAACGGCGUGGGAUCUUGA